AGGAGGGAGAAAUUCCGGCGUUUCAUGGUCGGUCUUAUCGUGAAACCCAAGGGUCUCGAUGCUGUCAGUGAUAAAGACGUUAAUCGGUACUACAAUUACGUCAGAAACGGGGUUGAUACCAUUCACGUUGCUAAUAUCGGAAAGGACGACGUGGAGAAAAUAGUGAAACUUGUGCCGUACGAGUUUCGACAGAGAUUCGAAAAUUUUAUGGAGGAACUCAUGGGGCAAGUUAGAGAGGAUUAUGUUGGAGCUAUUAAGCAGUCAAUCGUCGAUUUUGUGUUAUCCGAUCCCUUUCAGGAUGAAAUUUUUCAACAGGUAAACAAUCCUCCAGAGACUAGUAAAUUGAGUCCUCAAGAUUUUAUGUCGGCAUCAGACUUCAACUCGCAUCAGAUCCAAUUACAAAAGUAUUUAUUCCCCAUAAAUCCUUGUAUGAGGCUGACCCUGGAGCACUGGAUUCGAGACUGGAAGUCUUUCCGACUAAUCGACCUGGAGGCAAUCGAAGCGAGCAAUGAGAGUUGGAACUUGAUGGAUUUGAAAUCCACUAUUUUUUAUCAGAUUUCGAAUGGUAGAAAAAUACUGAAGAGCCAAUGGUUUGACAAUAUUCAGGGAAUUUUUCUAGUGAAUAACAGAAAGGGUCUUGUGCCCAGCCCCUUGAAGAAAAAGAGCUUUAAACGCUUUUUCGAUUGUGCCAGCACGAUGAUGGAAGCCCAGCUGCGAAGUAUCUGCACUCACACACUUCGGGAUUUUAUGAAUUUCAUACUCCACCGCUCGGAUAAUCGAUUCAAGCUCAAUGUGAUAGUGAAGGAAAAUGAACUCGUCUUUGAUCCCCCGAUUGAGUACUUUGGUAAAGUUCUCUGUGGUAUUUUGGAUACUGUCAUUGAUGCUGUUGGUGGCAUCGAGAGACUUGAGACACAGCUGUACCUAGAUUGGUCUGGACCACCAGCUCAUCUAAAACCAAAAGUUUCGCCUGCUAUAGUGGAGAAAUAUAAACAGGAGAUUGGAGAACUUCUGGAGGAGCAGAAGAUUGAACCAGAUGAAAAAAUGGAUAAACUUCGGGAGCACUCGAGGCUUUAUAAUGGCGUGGAAUUAAAUAAAGUACACGGUUUUCUGGCGGACACAACUAAAAAAUUGGAUGAUUAUCAAAUUACAGUGGCAUAUUAUCACAACUUAGCUGCGGAUAUCCCGAUCAUGAUAGAGAAGACGGUUUUUGCUGGUCUUUUUGAAAUCACCCAGAACGAUUUUAUCGAGGCCAUUGGUGACUCUGUGAAUGAAUUGAAAGCUAUGUUAAUCAAUCGAGUCGUGGAUAAUUACCAAGCGAAAGCAAAAUUGGCUGGGAAUGACUAUCAAGCAAUCGCCGAGAAAGCCCUGAGUCAUCCGAUGAAUACAGCGGGUCUGAUGGAAUUAAUAGACUACGUGCAGAAAUCCGAAUCAGUUUCAUUAAAAUCUCUCGAAUCCACUCUCUCCGAAAUAAUCGAAAAUGUUACGUUCCUCUCGGAUUUUUGGCUCCUCUCAGAUGCUGAAAUUGCUACUAACAACAACGUAUUCAAUUGGUUCAAUAAAAUGCCCAAGAUUCUGGAUCAAUAUCGUGAAAAUGUUAAAACAAAAACUUUGUACUUCCAAGAAGCUUUAAAAAGUCGUUAUCAAAAGUUCGAGGAAGAACUCGAAUCUUAUGCAAAGCAAGUGGAGGAGAUACAGCAUUGGGGAGACCUGGAGGAGAUUUUCAGAUACCAGAAAAAAACGCAAAAUCUGGAGAAUAAAUUGAUAGGAGCGAUGGAGAAGAUCGAUAAAUUCAAUGAGGAGGAAGUUUCCUUCGGAUGGGAAACAACUCAGUAUCCAAUUCGUAAAAAAAUCGCGGAUCGUCUGAUUCCAUUUAAAAAGCUGUUCGAUGCCACUUGUGAGUUUCUUGUGAAGCACGAGAAGUGGACAGGAUCGAUGAUUGGAUCGUACGAUCCUGAAGACAUCGACAAUGAUGUCAGCACCGCUUACAGGACUCUGUACAAAUUAGAGAAGCAAUUAGCAGAAGCUGAACCCAAGGAUCUCGCUGGAAUCGUCAGAGACAAGAUCGAGGACUUCAAGGAUCGGGUCCCAGUCAUUAUGACUUUGGGAAAUCCAGGGAUGAAACCAAGACAUUGGGACCAAGUUUCUGGAAUCGUUGGCUUUCCCAUUAAGGUGGAUGCUGAGCUGACCUUGGGAAAGAUACUCAACAUGGGCCUGGAUAGUUACAUCGAUAAGUUCGAAGGAAUCGCCGAAGCUGCGACCAAGGAGAGUAGUUUGGAGAAGCUAAUGGAUAAAAUGCAAAAGGACUGGCAGAACAUGUUCUUCACAGUGAAUCCUUACAAAGAAACUGGAACCUAUGUAAUCGCAUCUGUUGAUGAGAUCCAGGUGAUGCUAGAUGAUCACAUCACUAAAGCAAUGACCAUGAAGAAUUCCGCAUACAUAAAGCCCUUCGAGGCACAGAUAUUGAAAUGGGAGGCGAAGCUGCAUCUACUUCAAGAUAUUCUCGACCAGUGGUUGAGGGUUCAGGGGAUUUGGAUGUACCUAGAGCCCAUUUUCACUUCUCCAGAUAUUCAGCAGCAGAUGCCGGACGAAGGUAGACGUUUCACUGCUGUUGACAAGACCUGGAGAGACAUCAUGAAGACUGUCCACGCAGAUCCCAAAGUCAUGUCUGUCGUGGAGAUCGAUAAAAUGUUGGAGAGGUUGAAGAAGAGCAUGGGAUUGCUGGAGUUGAUUCAAAAGGGCUUGAAUGACUAUCUGGAGAAGAAGAGAUUAUAUUUUCCCAGGUUCUUUUUUCUCUCUAAUGACGAACUGCUGGAGAUUCUCUCCGAAACGAAGGACCCCACGAGAGUUCAGCCGCAUCUGAAAAAAUGUUUUGAGGGAAUUGCAAAACUGGGAUUUGAUGCAGAUCUGGAAGUUCACAGAAUGAAAUCAGCGGAAGGAGAGGAAGUGGAAUUAGUAGAUGUGAUUUCUACGUCGGCAGCUAGAGGACAGGUGGAGAAAUGGCUACUGGAGCUGGAGACAGACAUGAGGAAGAGUGUUCGUAACAUGGUGAAACAAGCGAUUGAGGCUUAUCCUCUGAAAAAAAGAACUUCUUGGGUUCUGGAGUGGCCAGGACAAACGGUCCUCUGUGUUGGUCAGCUCUACUGGACCCAACAGAUCGAACAGGCAAUGCCCCAAGGUGUUAAUGGUCUCAAAAAAUAUCUGGAUCAGUGCCAACAGGAAUUGCAUGAUAUUAUCUUGUUAAUCAGAGGAAAAUUAUCGAAACAAAAUCGAAUUACUUUAGAGGCAUUAGUAACUCUAGACGUCCACGGAAAAGAUACUCUAACUCAACUACACAAAGAUGAAGUAGUUAAUAACAGCGACUUCAAGUGGCUUUGUCAACUCCGUUAUUACUGGCAGGAGGAGAAUCUAAUUACUUACAUGAUAAACUCGAGCCUCCGAUACGGAUACGAAUACCUCGGGAACUCUUCGCGGUUGGUAAUCACUCCUUUGACAGAUCGCUGUUAUCGUACCCUCUUUGGUGCCCUCUCCUUGCACUUGGGAGGUGCCCCAGAGGGUCCAGCAGGAACUGGAAAGACAGAAACAACCAAAGACUUGGCAAAAGCAGUGGCAAAACAGUGUGUAGUCUUCAACUGCUCAGACGGUCUAGAUUACAUCGCCCUGGGAAAGUUCUUCAAGGGUCUGGCAUCUUGUGGUGCAUGGUCCUGCUUCGACGAGUUCAACAGGAUUGAUCUUGAAGUGUUAUCAGUGGUAGCUCAACAGAUUCUUACGAUUCAAAGAGGCAUAAACGCUGGAGCAGAGAAACUUAUGUUCGAGGGGACUGAAAUCGUUCUGGAUCCAACUUGUGCUGUCUUCAUCACCAUGAACCCAGGAUACGCUGGUAGAUCCGAACUUCCUGAUAAUUUGAAGGCACUAUUCAGAUCUGUUGCCAUGAUGGUUCCUGAUUACGCUCUUAUCGCUGAGAAUACUCUCUACUCGUUUGGGUUUUACAAUGGACGACCACUGGCUGUGAAGAUCGUCACUGCUUAUAAACUGUGCUCAGAGCAGUUGAGCAGUCAGUGUCAUUAUGAUUAUGGCAUGAGAGCUGUUAAAUCUGUGCUGACAGCAGCAGGAAAUCUCAAGCUGAAGUAUCCUGAAGAGUCUGAAGAUGUUCUCAUGUUGAGGAGCAUCAAGGAUGUAAAUUUACCCAAAUUCUUGAGCCAUGAUCUUCCCCUUUUUCAGGGCAUCGCAUCUGAUCUCUUUCCGGGUGUAAUCCUGCCCACUCCUGAUUAUUCACAUCUCAAUGAGUGCGCUAGAAUUGUUUGCGGUGUGAGGAACUUUCAGUGCACUGAUUUCUUCUUGGAGAAGGUCCAGCAGAUUUUUGAGAUGAUGAUUGUCAGGCAUGGAUUCAUGAUUGUGGGACUCCCUUUUGGCGGUAAAACCACUGCUUACAGGGUUCUUGCUGAAGUGCUGGGAAUGCUUGAGGAGAGGGGGCUCAUGGAGGAGCAUCAGGUAGAAAUCAUUGUCAUCAAUCCGAAGUCAAUCACGAUGGGACAAUUGUAUGGCCAGUUUGAUCCUGCCUCUCAUGAGUGGAGUGAUGGGAUUUUAGCUGUCAGCUAUCGUAGCUUUGCAGUUUCAACUAAUGAAAACCGAAAAUGGCUGAUUUUCGAUGGUCCUGUGGAUGCUAUUUGGAUUGAGAAUAUGAAUACAGUAUUGGAUGAUAACAAGAAACUCUGUUUGAUGUCUGGAGAGAUUAUCCAGCUUGCUCCAACUACUAAUUUGAUUUUUGAGCCAAUGGACCUGGAGGUGGCCUCUCCAGCCACUGUUUCCAGAUGUGGCAUGAUUUACAUGGAGCCUGUGGCCUUGGGCUGGGAACCUUUGUUGACUUCCUGGUUGAAUACCCUCCCUGAAGGUUUAGAAGACCCCAUCAAGACCCAUUUAGAGGAGAUGUUCCUGAGGUUCUGUCCAGCCUUGAUACAUCUCAUUCGACGGACUGGAGCUAAAGAAAUGAUCACCAUGCCCGAUGCAAAUCUUGUGAGAUCUGUUACGUAUCUGAUGGACUGCUUCUUGAAGGAUUUCAAAGAUGAGGGAAGCUUAUCCGGAAUUUCGAAAACCGAUUUAACAGCGCAGAUAGAGGGAUCUUUCUUGUUCUCAUGCAUAUGGGCGAUGGGCGGAACUCUAAUGGUGACCUAUCGAGAGUGGUUUAAUGAUUUAUUCAGAGGUCUAAUGUCUCCCGAGCUUCCUCAAGAUCUUCAGAACCGAUUUAAUCUUCCCUCCGAGAUAACCAGCCCCAAACAACCAUAUAUCAGUGCAAUCCCAUCAAAGGGUUCAGUCUUCGAUUACAAAUUCACGAAACAGGGACAGGGGCUGUGGACCCUUUGGGUGGAGGACUUGAAGGGCAUGCCGGCUAUUCCCAAGGAUAUCCCCAUGAAUCAGAUAAUUGUUAACACCAUUGAAACUGUCAGGUACUUUUAUCUGUUCCAAAAUCUUGUGGGAGAGCACAAGCCAGUGCUCCUCGUGGGGCCAACGGGAACGGGUAAAUCGGUUUAUGUGAUGGAAUUUCUGCUAAAGAGGAGCAAUCCUCAAGUAUUCAAACCACUUUUUAUCACAUUCUCUGCGCAGACCACUGCUAAUCAAACUCAGGACAUGAUCAUGAGUAAGAUGGACAAAAGGAAGAAAGGAGUCUAUGGGGCUCCGCCUGGAAAAAAUUGGAUGGGAAUGAAGAGAAUUUGGGUUCACGAAGUGCUUCGAGUAUAUGGAGACCGUCUAGUCGACGAAAACGACGCUAAUUGGCUCGUAGGGCAAAUUGGAAAGACCCUGAAAGAGAGAAUGGACGAUGACAUAAACGUCCUCUUCAGAGACUUUACGUCCUUCCCCCACGAAGAAGUAACAGAAACUCAUUUGAGAAAUCUCGUAUAUUGCGACUUUCAAUAUCCCUUGGAGGACAAAAAACUUUACACAGAAGUUGCUAAUUUGGAUGAUCUGAGCGAAGUAGUUCAAGAAUAUCUCGGAGAAUUCAACUCGAUGUCAAAAAAGCCGAUGAAUCUCGUUUUGUUCAGAUUUGCAGUGGAACACCUCUCAAAGAUCUGUCGAAUAUUGAUGCAGCCACGUAGCCACGCCCUGCUGGUUGGCGUAGGUGGUUCCGGGAGGCAGUCCUUGACCCGACUUGCAUCGCACAUCUCGGAUUACGAGAUUUUUCAGGUCGAAAUAUCACGUCAAUAUGGAGUGCACGAGUGGCACGAGGAUCUGAAGACGAUUCUAAGGAAAACAGCGUCAAGUGAUCUCCACACGACAUUUUUAUUUACAGACUCGCAGAUUAAAGAGGAGUCAUUCCUCGAGGACAUCAGUAAUCUGAUGAACUCUGGGGAAGUUCCCAAUCUCUUUGCGACGGAUGAGAAGAUGGAAAUCUGUGAAAAGAUGAGACAGAUGGAUCGACAGAGGGAUAAGUCUUUGCAGACUGAUGGAAGUCCUGUUGCCCUUUUUAAUUAUUUCGUUCAAGUUGUUAGGGAGCAAUUGCACGUUGUUGUUACGAUGUCACCGAUUGGUGAUGGCUUUCGAACGAGGAUUAGGAAAUUUCCAGCUCUUGUCAACUGCUGUACGAUUGAUUGGCUCCAGCCUUGGCCUGAGGACGCCCUUCUGGCUGUUGCAACGAAGUUCCUGGGGGAAAUCAAAUUGCCGGAGGAUGAACGAACUGCUUGUAUAGAAAUGUGCCAGUAUUUUCAUACUUCUACGCAAGAUUUAUCGAAAGAGUUUCUGCUGAGAGCAAGACGGCAUAAUUAUGUGACUCCGACGUCUUAUUUGGAGUUGAUAAAUACAUUUAAAGAUCUUCUCUCGAAGAAACGUUCAGAGGUGCUCGAGGGUAAGCGCAGGUAUGAGACAGGGCUCUCGAAAUUGGACUCAACUCACAAGCAAGUGGAGAAAAUGCAGAGAAUUCUCGUGGCCCUUCAGCCAAAAUUGGUGGAAGCUGCGAAAGACGUCGAGAGGAUGCUCGCUAGUAUUGAGAAGGAGAGUGAGGAUGUGGCAGUGAUUGAACGGGUUGUCAAGGCUGACGAGGAAGCUGCCAUGACCGUAGCGGCAGCAGCAGAAGAAAUUCGUGUAGAAUGUAAUGCAGACUUGGAGUUGGUGAUGCCAAUUCUCAACAUGGCUAACGCAGCUCUCAAUACCCUGACCCCUCAGGACAUGCAAAUCGUCAAGACCAUGAAAUCUCCGCCCGCUGGAGUCAAACUCGUGAUGGAAGCAGUCUGCAUUCUAAAAGAUGUCAAGCCAGAAAAAAUACAGGGUGAAGGGGGUAAAAUGGUGGAUGACUACUGGAAACCCUCCCUCCGCAUCCUCGGAGAUAUGAAAUUCCUGGAGUCACUCCUGGCCUUCGACAAAGACAACAUCCCUGAGAGAAUUAUCACGAAAAUUCGCACUACCAUUCUCACAAAUCCUAAUUUCGAUCCAGAUAAAAUUCGAAAUGCAUCGACUGCCUGUGAGGGCCUGUGCAAAUGGGUCUUCGCUCUCUCUGAGUAUGAUAAAGUGGCCAAGGUUGUUGCACCCAAGAAAAUUGCACUGGCAAAAGCUGAGGGAGAGUACAAUGACGCAAUGCAAGCCUUGGAGAUCAAGCGGGGACAGCUCAAAGAGGUUCAGCAGAAGUUGGAGCGACUCAUGGAUCUUCUCCAGCAGAGGAAGGAUGAGUAUCAGGCGAUGACUGAUGAGGUGCAGGAGUGCGAGCAAAAAUUGAGAAGAGCUGAGGAAUUGAUAGGUGGCCUCGGGGGAGAGUACAACAGAUGGAGUGAAACAGCGAAAAUUCUCGGCAAAUUAUACUUCAAACUCACAGGUGACAUCCUCAUCGGCUCGGGUAUUGUCGCCUACCUGGGAGUUUUUACGAUGCAGUAUCGACAGUCUCAGGUGGAAAACUGGGUGAGACUCUGUACAGAGCUCAAUGUUUAUUGCACUCAAGACUUUUUACUGAGUCAAGUCCUCGGAGAUCCUGUAUCAAUCCGAUCCUGGAAUAUUUUUGGACUUCCCACUGAUCUGUUCUCAGUGGACAAUGGAAUAAUCGUAUUCAAGUCACGGCGAUGGCCUCUGAUGAUCGAUCCUCAAGGACAAGCGAACAAGUGGGUGAAGAAUAUGGAAAAAGACACUGGAAUACAUGUGAUCAGGCUCAAUCAGAGUGAUUAUACGAGAGUCCUUGAAAAUGCUAUUCAAUUUGGUCAGCCUGUUUUAAUGGAGAACGUUGGAGAGGAGUUGGAUGCUGUGCUGGAGCCUCUGCUCCUGAAGCAGACGUUCAAGACUGCUGGAUCAUUAUGCAUUAAACUCGGGGAUUCUGUUGUCGAGUGGAAUGAUAAAUUUCGAUUCUAUAUCACAACGAAAUUGAGGAAUCCCCAUUAUCUCCCGGAAAUAGCUGUGAAAGUGACACUUUUGAAUUUUAUGAUCACUCCUGUUGGCCUGGAGGAUCAACUCCUGGGAAUUGUUGUUGCUAAAGAGCGACCUGAUUUGGAGAGUGAAAAAAAUCAGUUGAUCGUGCAGGGAGCUGCUAAUAAAAAAAUGCUCAAAGAAAUAGAGGAUAAAAUUCUUGAAGUGCUUUCUGGGUCAGAGGAGAACAUACUGGAGGAUCAGACAGCCAUUGCUAUUCUAAGCUCAUCAAAAGUAUUAGCUAAUGAAAUACAGGCGAAACAAGCUGUGGCAGAGGUGACAGAAAAGUCGAUUGAUGCUGCUCGACUCCAGUACACAUCGAUUGCUGUUCAUAGCACCGUUCUAUUUUUCUCCAUUGCUGUCCUGGCGAAUAUCGAUCCAAUGUAUCAAUACUCCCUCGCCUGGUUCAUGAAUCUCUUUAAAGUGACAAUCGACAAUACACCACCUGUGGAAGACAUUAGUCAACGUCUUCGGGACCUCACGAAAGCGUUUACGCAUUCCCUUUACGUCAAUAUCUGUCGAUCGCUAUUCGAGAAGGAUAAGCUUUUGUUCUCGUUGAUACUUGCUAUUAAUUUACUGAAUAAAAGGGGCGAGGUUUCGAUGGCACAGUGGAUGUUUCUGCUGACUGGUGGCGUUGGACUGGAUAAUCCUGAUAGAAAUCCCACUGAAUGGCUCCCCUCCAAAUCCUGGGAUGAGCUUUGCAGGCUUGAUGAUGUUCCUGGAUUUACCGGUUUAAAAUUAAAAUUUAUAGAAAAUAUUGGGAAGUGGAAGGAAAUAUUUGACCACCGAGAGCCUCAAUCUCAGAAAUUUCCACAGCCAUUCGAUAAAAUUACUCUCUUCGAAAAAAUGUUGAUUCUUCGGUGUCUCAGACCCGACAAAGUGGUGCCAUCAGUUCAGCUCUUCGUAGAAGAUCAACUUGGGAGGAAAUUCGUGGAAUCUCCGCCGUUUGACUUGGGAUCGUCCUAUGCAGAUUCCUUCUGCUGCAUUCCCCUCAUCUUCGUUUUGACACCUGGGGCAGAUCCCACGGCAGUUCUCCUCAAAUUCGCUGAUGAUCAGGGCUUCGGUACAUCGAGACUAUUUUCUUUAUCACUGGGUCAAGGUCAGGGCCCAAUAGCUGUUAGUUUGAUUGACGAGGGCUUGAAGAAUGGAACUUGGGUUGUGCUCCAAAACUGUCACUUAGCCAAGAGUUGGAUGCCGACCCUGGAAAAGAUUUGCGAGAGCUUCACACCAGAAUCUGUACAUCCCGACUUCAGGCUGUGGCUCACCAGUUAUCCCGCUGAACAUUUUCCCAUUAGUGUCCUACAAAAUGGUGUCAAGAUGACUAAUGAACCGCCCAAAGGACUCAGAUCAAAUAUUACGAGAUCGUUUCUUCAGGAUCCAAUUUGUGACCCUGAUUUCUUCGAGACAUCCAAGCAGAAGAGUUCAUUCAAGAAAUUAUUAUUCUCAUUGUGUUUCUUCCAUGCUAUUGUUCAGGAGAGAAGGAAAUUCGGACCGAUGGGAUGGAACAAUCCAUACGAGUUCAAUGAAACGGAUCUUCGUAUCAGUGUACUUCAGCUCAAGAUUUUUCUGGAUCAAUACGACGACGUGCAAUACGAAGCAUUAAAAUAUCUCACAGGCGAAUGUAAUUACGGUGGUCGAGUGACUGACGAGUGGGAUCGUCGUACUCUCAAUACAAUUCUCGAGGUAUUCUACUGCGAGGAAGCAGUGGAAGAGCGAUCAUACCGUUUCGAUUCUUCGGGUCAAUACUACAUCCCAUGGGUCUCAGAACACUCUGAAUUCCUCGAUUACGUGAGAGACCUACCAAUGAUAACAGGACCAAGUGUCUUCGGCAUGAAUGACAAUGCUGAUAUAAUCAAAGACCAGCAGGAAACCGAGAUCAUGAUAGCCUCCAUUUUAUUAACCCAAGACACAGCAUCGGAAGCUGCAGAAGGUGGAAAAACCCCUGACGAAAUAGUCUUCACAGUGUCUGACGAUAUCCUGUCAAAACUCCCCGCUGAUUUCGAUUUAGUCGACGCCUUAGAGAAAUACCCAACAUCGUACAAUCAGAGCAUGAACACAGUACUUGUGCAGGAAAUGGGUCGGUUCAAUAAGCUGCUUCAAACGAUCAGAAACAGCCUGAGGGGUGUGCAGAAGGCGAUCAAAGGACUCACGAUAAUGAAUUCAGAGCUCGAGGAAGUAUUUACAUCAAUAAUAACUGGAAAAAUACCAAACUCAUGGAAACGAAACUCGUAUCCAUCCCUCAAGCCUCUGGGCAGUUACAUUCAGGAUUUUAUUCGUCGUUUGAUGUUUUUACAGGAAUGGUUUUUAAAUGGCCCGCCUAAUACUUUCUGGCUGUCUGGAUUUUUUUUCACUCAGGCUUUUCUUACUGGUGCUAGGCAGAAUUAUGCCAGAAAAUAUUCAAUACCCAUUGAUCUUCUCGUGUAUGAUUUUCUUCCUCUUGAGAAAACUGAAUUUGAGAUGCCACCGGAGGAUGGAAUCUACGUUUAUGGACUCUUUCUUGAUGGUGCUAGGUUUGAUAGACGAGUUAUGAUGCUUGAAGAGGCCCUCCCGAAGGUUCUCUAUGAUACUGUUCCAUAUCUCUGGCUUGUUCCAAUGAAGAAAGAGGAAAUAAAAGAGCGAGCGACGUACACGUGCCCUGUGUACAAAACUAGUGAACGUCGCGGUGUAUUAUCGACCACCGGGCACUCGACAAAUUUUGUGAUUGCCAUGUGGCUGCCAACAGAAAAACCACCGAAUCACUGGAUAAUGAGGGGAGUUGCAAUGCUCUGUCAACUAUCCCAGUGAAAAAAUAGAAUGAUUCAUUAAUUAGCGAGCAGUGUAAAUUCCACUAAUUUAUUUCAAAAAUACAGAGCACUAAUCCACGAGGAAUUACCGAGACUAGAAAAUUUAUUACAAAAUCGCAAGAAUAUAAAAACAUGUAGAGAUUGAUAUUGACUUGAUAAAAAAUUUCCAGGAUCACCAGACACCACUCA